AUGGCCGAGCUCGGGGACUUCCUUGUAGGGGGCUCGGAAAAGCUGAAGGACGUAACGAUAGAAAUGUUAGACUAUGAUUUUCUUGACAAGUGCACCGAUCCCGGCUUGAUCCGCGCCAUCGCGCGUAAGCUCAAGUCUGGGGAAGAAGGACACUAUCCAGAUCUUGUCAAGCAUGCGGAGACUCGCUUGCUGGAAGAGCUCCCACAGGCUGAGCGCUCUAAAAUACUCCGGAUGAAAGCGGAGCCCCAGCCCGACGAAAUACAUGAGGCCAUCAGCGACCUACAUGGCUGGGAGGAGGAAAUGGCCAGAGUACCUGCCAGGCCCAAAGAGAACAACAGUGAGGAAGCGCAUGCUCCGAUAUGGACUAGCAACGCCACAGCACAGACACACAGUACCAAAACGAUAGAACCUCCUAUGCUGGAUGCGAGACGCGGAAGUGAUGAUGGUGGCUUGGCACGUUCUACCGGACUUGCCAUCGAGCAGAACAGGACGAAGAAACUAAACGCAUACGACUUCAGGGCAUGGGAACGCUACGACGCUGAUAAAGAAAUCGAAAGGCUGGAGAAAGAAGAACUUGAAGAACAGCGGCACAAGACUGAGGCAAGAGUUGAAGCAAAAGUCACAGUUGAGCAAGACCGACUGAGACGAGCCACGAAAAGAGAAGAUCAACUCCGCGAGGCAGGAAAAGCCCGGUACCAGGGAAACCUCUCGCCGUUCGAAAAAAAGCGUGCAGCGGAAAGGGAACGCAUCAAGGGCAACGAGUCUUUCAAGGUCAAGGAGUACGACGAGGCAUUCCGAUGUUACACGUGCUCUCUCGCACUAGACGAUUCGAACCCCAGGGUGUACAACAAUAGGGCCGCGACCGCACAUCACAUGGAACGAUUUGAUCAAGCAGAGGAGGACUGCACAAGGGCUAUUUCUCUGGACCCCACCUUCAAGAAAGCCUGGAUGCGGCGGGGAAUGGUACGCCACAGCCGUGGGAAGUACGCGGGCUCCGUAGCUGACUUCACGGAGGCUCUCCUUUUGGAUCCAAACGACAAGCACGCCAAGAAGCUCCUGGAGCACAGCGCUGCGAAAGAACGGGAGGUGGAAGGAGAAGCUGCUGGACAAAUGCAAGCAAAGUUUAAAAAGCCAGGGCGAAUCUUCAUCGAGGAAGUAGACACGCUACAGGAGGAGGAUGGGGAACACUCAAUGGUGUGCAUUCCUACAACAAGUGCGGCCAUAGCUCCUCCUACUCCCGGAAACCAGAAGACCCUGAUUGCCCAUGGCUGGAUGGAAGUCGAAUGAGAAAGCCUAUUUUACUUUCUUUCGGUUGUGCGAAUACCAAUCUACCCACCUCGGUGUGAGGAUGCGAAACGAUUCAGGAUGUGGGGCGCCCACAUUUGGCCACUGUUGGCUAGGUACCUUUAAUACGACGAACUUUCGGUCGAUGCGAGCGAAUCAAAUGGGUAGCAGCUUCCAUCAAAUGUACCCGAACGUACAACAGAACUAGACCAGGGUGAUACUCUUUGGCUAGAUGUGUUGCCUAUCCAGUGUCUUGCUUGUGCUUUUCAUGCACGCGUUCGACUAAUGCCUCCGCUUCUUCGUAUCGGCUUGAAAAGUACACACUCCAAAUACCC